AUGAGCCAAGGCAAUAUCAUCAUUAUCGGCGCCGGCGUCCUCGGCCUCAGCACCGCAAUCCAGCUAUCCAGAUCUGGUCACAAAGUAACCCUUAUCGCCCGCGACCUACCCGGCGACUCAACAAUCGACUACGCAUCCCCAUGGGCCGGCGCCCACUUCCAACCCUCCCCCGCAAAGACCCCCGCUGAACAACUCGAGCAGCAGCUCAUGCAAGAAACCUACCGCGAACUCGAUGCCAUAGCGCAAAACCACCCCGAAGCGGGCGUGGCAUUCAUCCCGGCCGUGGAAUACUUCGACUCAGCAGACCCGGACUCCUUCCUGUCCAAGGAAAACGGAUACAUCAACUGGCCGGAUUUCUCCAUCAUUGACAAGACGCAGUAUCCCCCGAACCAUGACAUUCAGAUGGCUGUUACGUACCGCAGCUGGGUUCUGAAUUCCCCGGUGUAUCUACUGUGGUUGCAGAAGCUAGCCAAGGAACUCGGUGUCGUGAUUAUUCGAUCCCAGCUCACGGCCCUCGAAGACGCCGUCCCCAUCUUCCGACAUGCAUCAGAUAACCACGUGGGUCACAUUUCGGCCGUGAUUGACGCAAGUGGCCGCGGCUUCAAUGAUCCGGACUCCUACCCGUCUCGUGGCCAGUUCGUUAUCGUCGAGAACGAGUUCGAUAUGACUGUUAGUCACCACUGGGCUGAUGGGUCGUCUACUGUUGUUGUGCCCAGGCCGUUUGGUGGAGGGACUGUUGUUGGGGGUACGAAGGAGCCUGGUAAUUGGUCGGAGGAGAUAUCUGAUUCUGAUACUGAGAUGAUUCUUAAGAGGGUUAAGAAUAUUUGUCCUGGCAUUGUUGGGCAGGAUCCUGCAAAGGAAAAUGUCCUUGGCUUUCAGAUUCGUCAGGUCUAUGUGGCCAGGCGUCCCAUGCGGCGAGGUGGGUUGAGAUUGGAACAGGACGUUGUGGGUAUUCAAAGUCCUGGAGAUGGUCGGCGUGUUCCCUUGAUUCACUGCUACGGUGCUGGCCAGAGCGGAUACAAGAUCAGUUGGGGAGUAGCCAAGAGAGUAGAGAGUCUCAUCGCUGAUCUCAAAUAA